UGGAGCAUUCGUCUGGGGAUAGUAGAGAAGCAAUGUACGUGGAUAAGUGCGAGCUAACGUGAUUCAUAAAACGCAGCGAUCUGAGUAAUCUGUUAUGCCUGUUGAUCAGCUGAUUGCUCAGAGUAAAUUUUUAUACGACAUGCAGUCGAGAUAAGACCCGGUCUUAGAGCGGAUCGUGGGCAACUGUUCGGUUGUAGUUGUGAAAGCGUCCAGUUUCUAACUGUGCAACGACAGUAGUAAAAUGAGCGAUCCACUCCCCAAAGUCUUGUCCGUUCAAAGUCACGUUGUUUUUGGAUACGUUGGUAAUAAAAGUGCCACCUUUCCAUUGCAGCUACUGGGUUUCGAAGUCGACGCUAUCAAUUCCGUUCAAUUGUCGAAUCAUACCAAAUACAAAUUUGUACAAGGUCAAGUCUUGGAUGAGGAUGAUCUAGGUGAUCCAUUUCUAGGUAAGCUAAUGGAUGGCUUGAGGCAAAAUGAUCUAGAUCAUUACAGCCAUUUACUUACUGGCUACGUAGGCUCUGCGUCAUUCCUCAAGAAAAUAGGACAACUGGUUCAUGAUCUGAAAAAGAAGAAUCCAGAUCUGAUAUACGUCUGCGAUCCCGUCAUGGGGGACAACGGUAAGAUGUACGUCCCAAAAGAACUCCUGGAGAUAUACAGAGAUGAAAUAAUUCCAUUAGCAGAUAUCCUCACCCCCAAUCAAUUUGAACUCGAGCUCUUAACAGGCAAAAAAGUAAACAACAUAUCCGAAGUCCAAAAUGCCAUCGAGAUACUGCACGGAAAGGGACCAAAGACUGUCGUCGUUUCGUCCACUGAAAUUGGCGAUGAUCUGAUCACUGUUGCCAGUGCGUUAAAAGAAGGUAUUAUGAUUAAGCUGGAAAUCCCACGUUUGCCGGUAGCAUUCACGGGGUCCGGAGAUCUGUUCGCAGCUCUGCUGUUAGCCCAUUCUCAUCUACAAGGAAACAUCAAACUCGCCAUUGAAAAAACCGUGAACACUCUUUACCACAUUUUGAAGCGAACCUACGAAUUUUCUCUGGGAAAUCAUCCCGAUUCCGCUCAACCGUCGCAGAAGAUCGAGUUGCGUUUGAUCGAGAGUAAAAAAAUUAUCGAAAAUCCACCGUCCGAAUUGGUCGCCGAAAUUUUAUGAGCCGCCAAUUAGGUAACGGUAUAAUCGAUGACGAACUCGACGUGUUCUACGAUAUUUUUAGAAUCGCCCAAUGCAGCGCAUAAUUUAUUGUUCAGUACUUAUCGCCGUAGUAGCCGGCUACUGCAGCCAGGCGCUAUUAGACAAAUCUUCGUAUCUAUUCCGUUGGGUCUGGAGUCCGGACCUUAUUCUCAGCUUAACUUUGGCCUGUACAUAUUUGUAGUAGAUAUCCCCGUUAAUCGAUAAGAUUUAUACGUACUCGGAGUACUUUUGCAUCGCGCAUCAUUCGGGCGACGAAUGACGUUGUGCAAUUUCGUCGAGGUAUUUAUUAAUGGGACUUUGAUAACCCUACACGUGUGUUCGAUGACGAUAUCGGUCCGAUGAAUUCAGUGCGACCAACGAUAUUCGAGUCUUCCAAUUGCAGGGCAGAAAUGAUUUUAUUAUCUGCGAUUUUGAAUUUUAUACGAUAGGAAGAAAAAACUAUAGCGAGAGAAUUUUCACGAGAGAUAUUCAAAUCGUUGAACGAGACAAUAACGGAUGCCUAUGCGAUAAUCCGAUUGAUGAGAAUCUACUGUUUGAUCACGUUACGUUUUUUUUUUUUUUUCUCGAAUUCUAUACUACGUUGAAUUUUACCAACAGACAUCCGAGUUAUCGUAAGAAAUGUUAAGAGUAAACGAUUCACCGGUGACAAAAAAAACGCGAAGCUAAUCGCUCGAUCACCGGGUUCGAAAUCAACUUUUAACAGAAUAUUAUGAAACGUGUUAAAAAGGAUAAAUAAAUUGAAUGAUCAUAUCGAGAAUAA